AUGUUUCAGAGGCUAGGCCUACCAAACUUGGGGCCUGUAGGCUGUAGGCCAAGCGGGACAAUAACAGGCAAAACACCCCCUCCAGGGCAAUGCAAUCAAGAAAAUGAUUCUGAUUGCUGCAAGGCAGGCGAGAAGUACAAAACAUACAAGUGUUCCCCUUCAAUUACUUCAGAAACAAGAGCUACUCUCACUAUAAAUAGCUUCGAGAAGGGUGGAGAUGGUGGCGGUCCAUCAGAGUGUGAUGACAACUACCACUCCAAUAGCAUACCGAUCGUGGCUCUUUCGACUGGAUGGUACGAUGGAGGGAGUAGGUGCUUCAACAACAUCACCGUUAGGUAUAAUGGUCGAAGUGUACAAGCCAUGGUUGUCGAUGAAUGUGACUCGACUAUGGGAUGUGAUGACGACCAUGACUACCAGCCUCCAUGUCCUAACAACAUUGUUGAUGGUUCAAAAGCUGUGUGGGAAGCCUUGGGUAUUUCUGACCCUGAUGAUGUUGGCUCUAUUGAAAUCACUUGGUCCGAGGACUAA